AUGGUUUUUCUUCAUGUGGCUAAGCUACCUCCAUACCGUCUUCUACACCAGUACAACCUUGCAGAGAAGCUCUGUUACGAAGACUAUCUUCGACUAGCGAUCACAAAAGGAAGGCUUGAUAAAACUUCCUAUGAAGAAGAAGAAUGCCUUGAUGGAACUCCAAGUUUUGUGACACUUGUUACAGACUGCGAGGGCAAGCAAAAUGGCAUGGGCUAUAUUGAGUUUGCUUCUGCUAAAGAAGCAGAGAAGGUGAACCGCGAUGAAAAAGAAGUAUUUGCAAGCUCGAGGCAUCAUCCACAAGUUUCCUCAAAUCCUGCGAAGAGGCAAGCUGUGGUUAAUCCUGAGAACACUUUCUCCUCGGUGAAGAGGUUUAUUGGUAGGACGAUGAAUGAGGUAGACGAGGAGUCUAAGCAGGUUUCUUAUAGAGUUGUUGAGGAUGAGACGGGAACGUCAAGCUCGAGUGUCCCGCCAUUGGUUUUGAGGAAACUUGUGGAUGAUGCCUCGAGCUUCCUAGACGAAAAAGGGACCAAGGCUGUCAUCACUGUGCCUGCUUACUUCAACGACUCCCAGAGGACAGCUACUAAAGAUGCUGGUCGCAUUGCUGGAUUGGAAGUUCUUCGUAUUAUCAAUGAGCCUACUGCUGCUUCAUUAGCUUAUGGUUUUGAAAGGAAAAGCAACGAAACAAUUCUUGUCUUUGAUCUUGGUGGUGGUACCUUUGAUGUCUCUGUUCUUGAAGUUAGUGAAGGUGUGUUUCAAGUGCUUUCCACUUCUGAGAGUUGUAGAUUGGCUCGCUUCAAACUUCAAGAAAAAGAAGACAUUGAUCUUUUGAAAGACAAGCAAGCACUUCAGAGGUUAAUAGAGGCAGCAGAAAAAGCUAAGAUCGAGCUUUCCUCCCUGACUCAAACAAAUAUUAGCUUGCCAUUUAUCACGGCCACAGCUGAUGGACCUAAACACAUAGAAACCACCCUCACACGUGCCAAGUUUGAAGAACUGUGUUCCGAUUUACUCAACAGGUGUAAGACUCCCGUUGAGAAUUCACUGAGGGAUGCAGAGCUCAAGUUCAAAGAUAUUGAUGAAGUGAUCCUUGUUGGUGGAUCCACACGUAUUCCUGCUGUUCAAGAGGUCGUCAGGAAGCUGACUGGGAAAGAACCUAACGUCACUGUGAAUCCUGAUGAAGUUGUGGCUCUAGGUGCUGCAGUCCAGGCUGGUGUUCUGGCUGAGGAUGUGAGUAACAUUGUCCUUCUUGACGUGACACCGCUUUCGCUUGGUACGAAUAGUGUUGGAGAUGUUAGGAAACGUUCCAGAGGGUGUACUACUUCCACAAGAAAACUCAGAGGAAGUGAGAGAGCUGAGGGUGAGAGGGAGUUUGCUAGAGAUAACAAGUGCCUCGGCAGCUUCCUUCUAGAUGGUAUUCCACCAGCACCACGUGGAGUUCCAAAAAUCGACGUAAAAUUUGACAUUGAUGUAAAUGGAAUCUUCUCCGCGACUGCUACUGACAGAGCCACCAGUAAUAAACAAGAGAUUACCAUUACUGGUGCCACUACAUUGCCCAAGGAUGAGGUAGAGAAAAUGGUCAAAGAGGCAGAAAGGUUUGCAAAGGAUGACAAACAGAAGAGGGAGGCAAUUGACACAAAGAACCAGAAAGAGAAGCAACUUGAAAUAUUUGGAGAGAAGAUUCCAGGUGAAAUGAAAGAGAAGAUAGAGGCUAAGCUACAAGUGUAA